AUGUUAGCUAACAAAGUUAGAGAGAAAAUGCUUCAGCAGAAUAGACUUGACGCUGGAGAUUAUUCUAAAGCCAACAUUGCCGACCGAAUAAAGCAAAUUCUUCUCUUAAUUCUUCGCUUAUCUGAUGCGCCUAUUUAUGACUUAUUCAAAUUAGGAAUUUUUAUUGAGAAAACGACAUUGCUAAUCAAUUUUAGGAAAUUCAGCAAGAUAAUUUGUUUCCCAAUUCAAAAAAUUAAACAAAAUUUAAAAAAUUCAGGUAUAGAGGAGAUUAAAAUCGAUCAAAAACCAGAAAAAUUCAAAGAUUGGACCUAUUUUUCUCUUGGAGAAUCCGAUGAUUGCAAUUCAAUUCUUCAAUUAUUGAAUCAUCAAAACUUUUCUCGCGAAUUAGUUUUUGAACAAUGUGCUCAAGAGAGGCAAAAGUUAGUUAAUACUAAAUCUCCGAAAUUAAAAGUACCUAGGCUGUCAAUUCAAGACACUAAUUUGACUCAAUUCGAACCUACUGCUGAUAAGUACAAAUUCCCAUAUCAGUCAACGAUUCCGUUCAUAUUUACUGAUGAUCAAACAUUUUCCGCAAUUCAUCCAGUCCGAAUUUCAUUUUCCAUGAAAAGCCAUGACUCUUUGGGAGUUUUGCGCGGACAACAAACAUCAUUACUUUCCAUAUUUAAUUUGAAUCCAUCAAGGGAAAAAAUAAUAACAGAAUUAAUUGAGCCUCAGAAUUAA